AAUGCAAGAGAAUUUCAUGUAUUUUUCUAUAAUGGCGAUACAAUCUCGAAAAUCUGCAAUCAUUGCUUUGAAAUCGUUGCUUUCAGUCUUCAGUUGCUUUAUUUCUACGUGAAGAAUACCGUUUUGAUAACACGUAUAAAUUGUAACCUAAACGUUAAAUAUUCGAUAUAAACAUAGAUACGGAUAGAAAGUACAAUUGUAAAAUAAUUAUCCAGAUUGCUUCCUUUGAAGGGAGAAUAAUUGACAUUUGUUUUUCUGCAUUCCUUAAAAGUAUUUUUAUGAAAUAUAAAGGAGUUCACAAUAUAUAAAUAUAUAAACCAUUGCAAGUAAAUACAGUCUUCUUUAUUUCACAAGACAGCACCCGACUUCUUUAGCAAUCGUUCUUUAAUAGAAAUUGAUAGAAAUAAAUCAUGUCUGCGAGUACUUCUUCUUUCCACACAGAAAAAGAAUUAGAUUUAAGUAACGCUGGCAGAGGUGUAUGGCUAGUCAAAGUGCCUAAAUAUAUCGCGAAUAAAUGGGAGAAAGCACCUGGGAAUAUAGAAGUUGGAAAAUUAAAAAUAACUAAAAACCCUGGUCAAAAGGCUGAGGUAUCUCUCAAAUUAUCAGAGGCUGUCUUAGCCUUAAAAGAAGCCGGAGAAGAAGAAAUUCCUAAACAACAUAGAUUAGAUGUUACAACAGUAACAAAACAAAUGUUAGGUGUAUUUUCUCAUGUUAUGCCAUCGAAUAACUCUGAUUCUAUUGUUCCUGAAACUGAAAAGCUUUACAUGGAAGGGAGAAUUGUACAAAAAUUAGAAUGUCGACCAUAUGCUGAUAAUUGUUACAUGAAGUUGAAAUUACAAAGCAUUAAGAGGGCUUCUGUACCGCAAAGGCAGGUUCAACAAUUGGAUAGGGUGGUUCAAAAUUUCAAGCCUGUUUCUGACCAUAAACAUAAUAUUGAAUAUGCAGAGAAGAAGAAAGCUGAGGGUAAAAAGAUGCGAGAUGAUAAGGAUGCAGUAUUGGAUAUGUUGUUUGCAGCAUUUGAAAAACAUCAGUAUUAUAACAUUAGAGAUCUUGUGAAAAUUACAAGACAACCAAUUGUAUAUUUAAAGGAGAUAUUAAAUGAAGUUUGUAACUAUAAUCUAAAAAAUCCUCAUAGAAAUAUGUGGGAGUUAAAGCCUGAGUAUCGACAUUACAAAGAAGAGGAAAAACCGGAAGGUUCUCAAAAAAAAGCUGAUGAGUCGGAUGAUGAUUAAUUGAUGAUAUUUGUAUAUACGCUUAUUUCUUUUUUGUUUAAUCAAUUGAAUUGCAAUUAGGAAUAGAAUAUUUUGUAUGAUUUUAAUCUCGAGGCUGUGCAAAAUUUAGACAUUUCUGACAAAUAAUUUAGAUUUCUACAUUCUUAAUGAUUUGAUUACAUUGUGUCAAUAAGGAAUAGAAAUUAAGAUUAUAACAAACACGUUAUCUCUUUAUUUUCUGAACACAUACAAUUAGCAGUUGAAACAACUACUUGUAUUACAUUAGCAGUCGAAACUUUUUAUUGUUACGUAAGACAAAAUUGUAAAUUUAUAAAGUAUGUAUUUAUACUUCCUUAAAAAAUGCAUUGUGUUGUUUCAAACACGCAGUUGUUACAAAUAUUAAAAUAUUUCUUAAAUUGUAAAUAAAAGUCAACAUAUUCUAUACAUACAUUAAAA